AUGUCACAUCAAAAGACCCAUUCACGUUCGCGGGGAUAUGGAUCGCAGUCGAUUUAUGAUCAUGGAGGAGGGUUUGAGUUGAAUCAGGGGUUCGGUGAGCCAUUUGGAGCUGGAGUCGAGGUGAAGAGCGAGGCAAUCAGAAACCCAUUUGUGAAGAUGGAGCCAGCGAAUGAACGAGUGAGUGAGAGAAAUGGAAAGAAAAGUAUAUUAAGUGCUAUUAUAGGGACAUUGCCGGUACUUGUGGCAUUCCCAUGCAUGGUUUUGUCGGCAGGUUUGUCGUAUGGACGAGUACCGUAUAGUGUUUGGACCAGUGUGGGCGUGGUGUCGAUGCUGGUGGUUCUAGCAGGGGGUUUUUUGUUGGUCACACAAAUGCUUAUACGUGGCAACGUUAUUUCCUUAAGUUCAGAGGCUAGGGGACGUGAUGCGAUGUCUACUGGGAUGCUUGUGGGUGCAAUUUCCAUGGUGUAUCUUGCAACGCACUUGCUUUCUGUGAGUCGCCUUUCAGUGCUAUUUCUAGGGUUGUAUGUCAAUCCGUUUAAUUUGUAUACGGUACUAAUGUUCGUGUGGGAUAUGUAUAGAACCUCGGAUACGGACAAUGUGAUGAACACUGUGGUGGGAUAUAUCGUGGUGGUCAUUUCAUUCAGAGUAUUGUAUAAAAAAGCGAUAUUAUCGUCACUUACGGCUGUCUUAGCUAACAUCGAUGUGCGAGUAGCUGGAGGUGCGGUCGUAGCUGGUGCGAUUGUGUUGGUGGCUGCUGGAUUCGAAAGCAUCUCCCCCAUGAUGAUGGGUGUCAAUGUUUGUGCGUCCCUUGUGUUUUUGAUUUCGUUGCAGGAUUGUGAUUUGAAAGGAUCACGUUUAAAUCCAUUAAUCAUCGGAUUGGUGUCCUUCAGUCUCGAGUAUAUCGUGCUCUCCACUAGUUUCAGUAUAACCCAGUUGCUUUUGGGCGUUGUGGCACCAUUGAUUAUUAAGGCAGAUAGAUCUAUCGAUAUAAAUGCAGCUCAGUAUGGUGGAUUAAAUACUGUUCCGGACACAAAAAGUAAUGGAUCAAUCAUAUCUGAGUUAUUAAGUCAUUCAGAUACUAGAGCGAUUUUUAAUUUCCUCUUACUUAAUUCUGCAUUCAUGUUUAUUCAAUUGCUUUAUUCUUUCAGAUCCAAGUCACUCGGGUUAUUAUCCGAUUCCUUGCAUAUGGCGCUCGAUUGUACAUCAUUAGCAUUAGGUUUAAUAGCGGGCAUAUUACUGAAAAAUGCUAUAAAUCCAAAUGGAAAAUUUCCGUUUGGAUUGAAAAAUUUCGAAAUCUUGGCCGGUUUUACAAACGGAACUUUAUUGAUUGGAAUAUCUGGUAGUAUCAUUUUUGAGGCCGUUGGGAGAUUAUGGAAUCCAGUUGUUCUACAAAAGACUAACGAAUUGAUUAUUGUUUCAUUCUUAGGGCUUCUCGUAAAUUUGGUAGGCAUAUUUGCAUUUAAUCAUGGCCAUGAUCAUAGUCAUGGCCACUCACACGGUCACAGUCACAGCCAUGAACAUAGUCACAGUCAUGAGCACAGUCAUGAUCAUUCUGAUAGUGGAGACCUGUCAGAAAAGGCUGCUAUGAAUGAUAACAUGAAGGGUAUUUUCCUUCAUAUCUUGGCAGACACAUUGGGGUCUGUAGGAGUUGUUAUCUCCACGAUAUUAACGAAGUUCUUUAACUGGGAUGGAUUUGACCCAAUUGCUUCAAUAAUCAUUGCCGUCUUAAUUUUCAUGUCAGCUAUUCCAUUGAUCAAAUCAACUGCGCUGUCGCUCCUACUUAAAUUGAAAUCAGAUAAAGAAAUGAAAAUAAGGUCUGUGCUUAAUGAUAUCGUACAAAUAAAAGGCAUCAAAUCUUUUACUACUCCGAGGUUUUGGCCUUCAAACGACAAUUCUGAUAUCUUUGGAUAUAUUCAUAUUCAGAUUUAUAGAGGUGAAAAUUCUUUAUAUAUAAAGCAACAAUGCGAAAAGAUUUUCCAAGCUGAAGGCAUUGAUGUUAUGAUCCAAAUGGAAAAUGACUUUGACACUUGCUGGUGUCGCUCCGAUAGUGCCAUCAUGACUAUAUAA